CCCUGCGGACAGGCAUUAAUUAGGACUGAGACGAACAGGUGUGAGGACAUACCGCAGGAGAGACAGAGGGCGCACUUAUCUUACUGACUCCAUUUGUUUUGAUUUAAUACAACUGAUAAAGUGAAAUAUGUUGAAUCAGUCAGACUUCUACCUCCCGCUGUCUGAGUACAGCUUCGAGCGGCGCUUUGAUGAGAGGAGCGCAAUUGAGUGGAUGCAAGCAAACUGGAGUAAGUCCUUUGUGUUCAGCGCUUUGUACGUCACCCUGGUGUUUGGAGGUCAGCAUUACAUGAAACCUCGACCCAAAUUGAACCUGCGGCGACCGCUUAUCCUCUGGUCACUCAGCCUCGCUGUCUUCAGCAUCAUCGGUGCCAUUCGGACUGGCUCCUACAUGUUUUACAUCCUGAGCAGAAGCGGAUUCAGACAGUCCAUUUGUGACCAGAGCUUCUACAACGGGCCAGUCAGCAAGUUCUGGGCGUAUGCCUUCGUGUUGAGCAAAGCGCCGGAGCUUGGUGACACAGCGUUCAUUGUGCUGAGGAAGCAGAAGCUUCUGUUUCUGCACUGGUACCAUCAUAUCACCGUGCUGCUGUACUCCUGGUACUCUUACAAAGAUAUGGUGGCUGGUGGUGGCUGGUUUAUGACCAUGAACUACACUGUGCAUGCGCUCAUGUAUAGCUACUAUGCUGCGCGUGCUGCGGGCCUGCGUGUGCCACGGCCGUUUGCUGUGCUCAUCACCAGCACUCAGAUCGGGCAGAUGGGCAUGGGACUGAUGGUGAGCGGACUGGUGUACCACUGGAUGCAGCAUGGCGGCUGCCCGUCCCGACUCGACAACAUCUUCUGGGCUUCGCUGAUGUACUUUAGCUACUUGCUGCUCUUCGCCAACUUCUUCUACCAGACUUACCUGCGACCCAAUGACCAGGCUAAGAUCGUCAAGACCGAGUAGACAGUCUGAGAUUGUGGGAUAUCUGUCACAAAGACUGAAGCUGCUAAUUUUUAAAAACAAACUUUUAGCCAAAGAUUUUUCCCUGAUGUGUCAGGAUGGAAAAUCCUUUGUAUGAAACAUGCCAGAUUCAACAUCUGCAGACCGCACAAGGUCUGUAUCAUUUUCACACCGAUUUCAGCAGAUUACGCUUGUUUUUUUACUGUUUAUUUAAUCUUAAAAAAGAACUGAAAUAAAGUUGCAAAUAUU